AUGUUGGGUGGUUUUGGUGAGUCGGUGUGUGGUUCAUUGGUGCCUACGGCGGCGCAGGUGCAAGGCGAAUAUGUAGGGUUCGCGUUAUGGCCUUCGAACGAGACUGUGGUGGAUAAUUCGUUCGGUGCUCGGGGUGUGUCGGUAUGGCGUGCGCGGGUUGAAGUGUUGAAGGCAACGAACAAGUUCUGGGAGACGUAUGCGGCGCGUGUGGCAUUGGCAACGGAGGGUGACGCGUACAGUUUUGUGGCACGGGGAGUGCGUGCGGCAAAUGCGCGCGCACUGUUUUUGCGUGCAUCGCACACACCCGAGAGACGUCGACCGCGGAGUUGGUGGCAACGUGCUGGCGAGGCAAUGCUGGGCGCAGAUGCGACGGAUCCGGCGGCGGUGGCGGACCCGGCGGCGGCGGCUGAGGCAGCGGCGGCUUUGGAAGAUGUACCUGGCGCGCCUGAGAGUCGCUGCCACGUGACCGGGAGUCUGGCGCGAAUGAACGCCUGGCUCGAGCCCCCAACCGGUAGCGGUGGGGAGCCUAGUCCGCCUGUGGAGGGCGCUUCGCCUUUCUUCAACCGCGCACCAGACCUGGCCGGACGCUUUGUGUUUAGCGAGGAGUGCCAGCCACUACCGGCAACCUCCCUUAGUCUGGCGCUGCGCAAACUGGACCCCGAAUAUUUGGCGGAACAGAAACUUGUUAUAGGCGGCAUCGUUGCACUCAAGGCGGUGGCCGAAAUCGUACUCUACUCGCGCCAAUUCACCGCCAUUCAGGCGCAACCCGUGCUCCUCAAAACCUCGCCCUGGAUGAUUGGACUUGCGGUACUCUACGACGCAUUCGAAGCCCAGUUCUUCUUUGGUGUUCAGGCCCAGUCGGACAUGCUCUCCGUGUUGGCCAUGGUGGGCGUGCUUAAAGUUUUGCUGGUCUGUGUCGUCCAGAUGCGCUGGCUCAUCCUCCUUUGGAAGGAACGCGCUAUGCAGCGCCAGAAUGCUCGCGGGCAGCAGGGCACCGAAGCCUGGAUCGCAGACAUGAACAAGGGCAUCCGCUCCUCAGCUGCCCUUAUGGUCGCCGUCCUGCUCGCCAGCUCCAACCUCUUCGACACCUACCCCGAACCCGUCCUUCUCCUGUUCGCCACCUACCUACUGCCCCAGAUUGCCAAGAACAUCUGGUGCGGCGUCCGCCACCCUCUCAAGCCUUGGUUCCUGUCCGGCACCGCCCUCUGCCGUUCCGUCUUGCCCAUCUUGCUUUGGUCCUCGCGACUGAAUAAGCUGUGGAAACACGACUCGCCGUUACCCCCCGGUCUCGCGAACAUUACCUCUCCCAACCCGGGAGGCGGUGGCGCGAAUCUCGGCGAUGCCUACCCGCCUUGGUUCAUGAACACACCCAUCCCGGCCGAGUUCAUGGACCUAUUCGGUGCCAUACAGCGACGACCCAACACUCCUGCACUUGCCGUUCUCACCGCAUUCCUCGCUGCCCAGGUCCUUCUACUACUCUUACAGGCCUGGUGGUCACCCCGCAUCUUCAUCCCACAUUGGAUCGCUGAUAAAUACCUACCCGUGGUCUUCGACUACGAACUCGACGUCGCCCGAGCCGCCGCCCAAAGGCAGGAAUCCGAACCCACAUGCACCGGAGUCGACUGCGUCAUCUGCUUCACCAGAGUCAAAUUCGCCGACUACGCCUGCGUCGUCACUCCAUGCCAACACUUCUUCCACAAGGAAUGCCUCCUUAAAUGGAUGGAAGUCAAAUUGGAGUGUCCAACAUGCAGACGAAUUCUUCCCCCCUACUGA